AUGUUGAAUAGAAACUCAUCGCGUGGUGAGCGGAUUGUUGGGGGCUUUCGUCCACAAAUCGAUGAUGAGUAUGCAAAAUACGUGGUAUUCAUGUUAGAAACAACAGGAAGGGCUAAGUAUUUUGGUUCUGGAAAUUUCUGCGGCGGUACAAUCAUAGCGCCGGACUAUGUAUUAACGGCAGCUCACUGCGUUGAUGAAAUAGCGGCACCGGAUCUAAAAUCUUUACGAAUAAUUGCUGGUAACCGGAGACGUUUGCGACGAUCUAAAAAUGUUCAACGCAGAAGAGUGCAGCAAAUCAUCAUCCACUAUAAGUAUCAAGCAUAUCUCGGCAUCUCAAAGAAUGACAUUGCGCUACUAAAACUUCGCAGUAAACUAAAUAUUGAUAAUCGAUACCGCGGUGUCGCAGAAUUAGGGUUAGACGCCUAUUUGAAUGGGGGUGAAACAUGCACUGCUGUUGGUUGGGGCCGAAUGUAUCAACAUGGCCCUAAACCCAAUCAUAUCCUUUAUGUAAAAAAAAAGGUUUAUCAGAUUCCUUAUAUUGGAAAUACACUUUUCACAUAUUCCUCCAACGUUUAUGUCAGGCAAACCUGUAAAGCCGAUUCAGGUGGUCCAUUAUUCUGUCGAGGUAAGGUUUACGGUGUUACCUGGGCUGGUGAUCGGGAUUGUGCUCGCACUAGCGAAUUUACAAGUGUUCCCCAUCAUCGGCAAUGGAUUGAACUACAUAUUUUUCCGCCUUCAAGCAAUAGUAAGAAAAUUAUUCAAAAUGGUGUUUAUUCCGUGUUAAAUACUUUAUCUUGUAUAAAUGCAUUUAUUGCUGUCUUUUAUAACUAA